CGCCCCGAGGGAGCCGCCGGACCCCCCCGCGCCAGCCCCCUCCUUCCGCAGCACGGCGCGGGGUCGGCCCCGGCACCCCGCGGACCCUCCCCGCGGCGCCCCCCAAGGAGGAGGGGGAAGGCUGAGAGGGAGUGACCCCCGCGGCCCCUCGGCCCGGGCUGGGACAGCUGAGGGGGGGGCGCAGCAUGGCGGAGGCCAAGGAGGAGGGGCCCGGCCCCCGCGGCAGGAGUUUGCUCGUGGAUGCAGUAAAACCUAGGAUCCAACUUCAGAAGGCUUGCUAGAAAGCCAUGUGCCUGUGUGUCCCCUGGUGCUGAUGUGCAUGUUGUCAUUUCUUUGAAUGAAAGAGUUAGAGAGACCCAGACUGCCACAGUUUGAAGAUAAAUCUGAUGCGGUAUUUGAUAUUACAGAACAAUAUGAGGAAAUCGUGGAUGCAGAAAUGGCUGAGGACGGUGACCGCAACUUAGCACCCAGCCUGAGCAGCCUCUCUUACGGAAUCCAGACCCGAACAGGAUCUGAAAGCUCGCUGCUGGAUGAAGAUGAUGAUUACUUCCUGAGCUCUGAGGACCUUGCAGGCAUACCUGUUGUUGGGAGUGACAACGAAGAUGAUCACCGUUACCCUCCAAAAGUCACUCUUUCUACGUCAAUUCGCGUCGAAGACCACCUGGAGGAGGGCAAGAGGGUUACAGAGCAUGAGUUGGACAGUGAAAAAGAAAUUCAGAUUCAGAAUGCAAUCCAGAAGGAUCUCACUUCACCCUUUGAGCAGGGCCCUGUAUUUAAAUCGCUUCGAAAAGAUUUUAGCAUAACGAGAGAUAAUGGCAAAGAGACUUUUUCAGCAAAGGACAAGAGUAGAGAAGGACAUUUCCAAGAGCAUGAAAAACGGUUGGAAAAAAUCCCUAAAGAUAUGGAUUCUAGAUUGAAAAGCAGUUUUCUUGACAAAGCAGUUCAUAAUCAAGUAGAAGAAACAUUACGGACGCAGUUAGCGCCACAAACUCCAGAAACUAACUUCAGGGAGUCUAGCUACCUAUUUUCUAGUAAGGAAUCUAUUGGACAAGAGCUGGGGAAUUCCUUUGCACCAAAUAUUAGAAUUAAGGAGGAGCCUUUGGAUGACGAAUAUGAUAAAGCUAUGGCCCCACAGCAGGGACUAUUAGACAAAAUUAAAGAUGAACCUGAUAAUUCUGAGGAGUACGGCCAACAGCCAAAAACUCAGGAAGGGGAGCUGAAAAUCAGUGCUGUAUUUUCAGUCAGUGGCAGUCCUCUUGCUCCACAACUGUCAUCAGGUUUCCAGCCUGCUGUGGCAUCCGCUGGCAUGAGUAAAAUGCUUCCUUCAGUUCCAAACACAGCUGUUCGGGUUUCCUGUUCUGGCUGUAAAAAGAUCCUGCAGAAGGGGCAAACAGCCUACCAGAGGAAAGGCUCUACCCAGCUCUUCUGCUCCACACUGUGCCUCACUGGAUACACUGUUCCAGUCUCUCGCCCACCAGCUUCUACCAAGAAAACCUGCUCAAGCUGCUCGAAAGACAUUCUCAAUCCAAAGGAUGUAAUCACUGCCCAGUUUGACAAUACAAGCUCCAGUAAGGAUUUCUGCAGCCAGUCCUGUCUUUCUACGUAUGAACUGAAAAGGAAACCUAUUGUCACAAUUCACACCAACAGCAUUUCAACCAAAUGCAGCAUGUGCCAGAAGAAUGCAGUGAUCAGGCACGAAGUGAACUACCAGAACGUGGUGCACAAGCUCUGCAGUGAUGCCUGCUUCUCCAAGUUCCGCUCAGCUAACAACCUGACCAUGAACUGCUGUGAGAACUGUGGAGGCUACUGCUACAGUGGCUCUGGCCAGUGCCACAUGCUUCAGAUAGAGGGACAGUCAAAAAAAUUCUGCAGCUCCUCGUGUUUGACAGCAUACAAGCAGGUUAAUAAAAAUACUAAGUUUCAAAUGAAUGAAACUUGCAUGUUUCCACAGAAGUCUGCUAAAAUUACACCUUGUGCACUGUGUAAAACUUUGAGAUCUUCAGCUGAGAUGGUAGAGAGCACAAAUAACUUUGGAAAAACUGAACUCUUUUGCUCUGUUAACUGCCUGUCAGCACAUAAAGUAAAAAUGGUUACUUCUUCAGGUAUCCAAGUUCAGUGCAACAGCUGCAGAGCUGCAUCCAGCCCUCAGUAUCACUUGGCCAUGUCAGAUGGGAGCAUACGCAACUUUUGCAGCUACAAUUGCGUAGUAGCUUUUCAGAAUUUGUUCAACAAGCCUACAGGAAUGAACUCCUCUGUGGUACCUCUGUCGCAAGGUCAAGUCAUUGUAAGCGUUCCUUCGGGAUCAACGGUUUCAACCAGUGUCACCACCUCGACUGUGUCCCCCAGCUCCAUGAGCAGCAGUUCAGCUGCAGCUGGUUUACAGAGGCUGGCUGCCCAGUCCCAGCAGGUCUCUUUUGGCCGUCCUGUUGUGAAACUUAAGUGUCAGCACUGUAACAGAUUGUUUGCAACCAAACCGGAGCUGCUGGAAUACAAGGGUAAGAUGUUACAGUUCUGUGGGAAGAACUGCUGCGAUGAGUAUAAGAAGAGGAGCAGCGUGAUGGCAAUGUGUGAAUACUGCAAAAUUGAGAAGAUCAUCAAGGAGACUGUGAGAUUCUCAGGCGUAGAUAAAACAUUCUGUAGUGAAGGUUGCAAACUGCUCUAUAAACAUGACUUGGCUAAGCGCUGGGGAGCCCACUGUAAAAUGUGCAGUUACUGUUUACAGGCUUCCCCCAGGGUGGUCCAGCAUCACUUUGGGGGGAGAAUGGAGGAGUUUUGCUCAGAGGACUGCAUGUCUAAAUUCACAGUUUUGUAUUACCAGAUGGCAAAGUGUGAUGGUUGUAAGAGGCAAGGUAAACUCAGUGAGUCCAUGAAAUGGCAAGGGGAGAUCAAGCAUUUUUGCAAUCUGCUUUGUAUUCUGUUGUAUUGUAAUCAGCAAAAUGCUCCUGACCCUCCACCCCCGAACAACACAGCAAACCUUUCUACAGCACCAGCUUCCUCCUCAGGCCCUCCUUCUUCAAGAAAGGACUCAACCCCUGUCAUAGCAAAUGUGGUGUCCCUUGCAAGCACCCCUGCUGCCCAGCCCACAGUUAACUCCAACAAUGUUUUACAGGGUGCAGUCCCUACUGUGACAGCAAAAAUAAUAGGAGAUGCUAGCACACAGACAGAUGCCCUAAAGCUUCCAUCAUCACAACCACCCAGGCUUCUAAAAAACAAGGCAUUGCUCUGCAAGCCAAUCACACAGACUAAGGCCACCUCUUGCAAACCUCACACACAAAACAAAGAAUGCCAGACAGAAAAAGAAGAGGAAGUUCCACCCAAGGUCAUUGUGGUACCUGUUCCUGUCCCAGUGUUUGUGCCAGUGCCCCUUCACCUCUACACUCAGUACACACCAGUUCCACUUGGGAUGCCAGUACCUGUACCAGUUCCCAUGCUCUUCCCAACUUCCCCGGAAAAUGCUGAUAAGGCCACGGAAACUAUUCAGGAUAUCAAAGAGGAGGUUCCCACAAGUCCAUUUGAAGCUGAUCUCCUUCAGAUGGCAGACAUGAUUGCAGAAGAUGAGGAGAAAGAAAAAACACACUCUCAUGGUGGAUCUCAAACAUCUGAGCAUGAACUCUUCCUGGACCCCAAGCUGUUUGAGAAAGACCAAGGUAGCACUUACAGCGGUGAUCUGGAGUCAGAAGCAGUGUCCACUCCUCACAGCUGGGAAGAGGAGUUAAACCACUACACCCUACGAUCAAAUGCACUGCCAGAACCAGAUCCAGAGCUGAAGCAGUUCUCCAAAGGUGAUGUGGAACAGGACUUGGAGGCAGAUUUUCCAUCAGACUCAUUUGACCCUCUCAGCAAAGGACUGGGGUUGCAUUCACGUUCGCGAGCAAGACGGAGACAUAGAGAUGGCUUCCCACAGCCAAAGAGAAGGGGCAGGAAGAAGUCUGUGGUUCCUGUAGAGCCUCGCAACCUGAUGCAGGGCUCCUACCCAGGCUGCUCUGUUUCUGGGAUGACCCUGAAGUAUAUGUAUGGGGUAAAUGCCUGGAAAAACUGGGUCCAAUGGAAAAAUGCACAGGAGGAACAAGGGGACCUGAAGUUUUCAGUUCGUCCUGUGAAGCUCAAGGAGGACAUCCUCUCAUGCACUUUUGCUGAGCUGAGCUUUGGCUUGUGCCAGUUUAUUCAAGAGGUGCGGAGACCAAAUGGAGAAAAAUAUGAUCCUGACAGCAUCUUAUACUUGUGCCUUGGAAUUCAGCAGUACCUGUUUGAGAAUGGUAGAAUAGAUAACAUUUUUACCGAGCCCUAUUCCAGGUUUAUGAUUGAACUUACAAAACUUUUGAAAAUCUGGGAACCUACAAUUCUUCCAAAUGGUUAUAUGUUCUCAAGAAUUGAAGAGGAACACUUGUGGGAAUGUAAACAGCUGGGUGCAUAUUCCCCUAUUGUUUUAUUGAACACUCUUCUGUUCUUCAACACCAAAUAUUUCCAACUAAAGAAUGUCAGUGAGCACCUGAAGCUGUCCUUCGCCCGCGUUAUGAGGCGCACCCGCACCCUGAAGUACAAUACCAAGAUGACUUACUUACGGUUUUUCCCACCCUUCCAAAAACAAGAGCUAGAAUCAGAUAAAUUAUCUGUAGGCAAAAGGAAACGUGGUGAAGAUGAGGAAAUUCCCACAGCAGUGGAAAUGGCUGAAAAUACAGAUAACCCCCUGCGCUGUCCUGUCCGGCUCUACGAGUUUUACCUGUCAAAAUGCUCUGAGAGUGUGAAGCAGAGAAGUGAUGUGUUCUACCUUCAGCCCGAGCGCACCUGCGUCCCCAAUAGCCCCAUGUGGUAUUCCACACUGCCAAUAGACCCAGGAACCUUGGACAUCAUGUUAACAAGGAUUCUAAUGGUGAGGGAGAUACAUGAAGAACUUGCCAAAGUCAAAUCAGAGGACUCUGAUAUCGAGUUGUCAGACUAACCCAAGUGGGGUAUUUUUCCUUUUGAGUACACAUCAGAAGCACCAAACUGUGAAUGCGUCCAAGCCUUUGGAAAAUGUGUAUCAAAAAAGAGAAAAGAAUUAAGACAAAAACAAAACAAAAGCCAAGAUAAUGUCACCUACAGGCAUAUUUUGAACCACAGUGGAUGUUCAAACUGGAACUGGAAGGAAGCAAGCUGUGUAAGCUGCAAAAAAAACCCUCAUAAACCAAACCCAACGUCCUGUGGCACCAAUAAAUCCUCUGAACAAAUCGAAGAUGAACUUAACUUGUUUGAGUGGUGCAUAAAAUCCUUUCUCUGUUGAGGAUCUUUUUUUUUUCCUUUUUAAAGUUGUGAGAUGUUUUUAAGGAGAAUGGUUGUGUAAAACCUACCAUCAAACACUCGUUGGGCACGGAGAGCUAGACUGUGGCUCAGGUGGCUUCUCAGCCUGGUGGCUGGCAGUGCGUGCUGCCAGAGAGCACGUGGAGAGCAUAGAGCUCUUCACGAGGACGGGAGAGGAGGUGGUGGUGCUUAGACAGACACCUUCUGUUAUAAACACACACACACACACAUAUGUCUGAUUUGAGAGCCUUUUGGAAACUGGGAUCCAGUGUUGUGCAGGCAGAAGCUGCUGCUGUGUCUGCCAGGGAAGCUGAAUGGACAAUGUCUGGUGGCUGUUCAAUGGCCACGCGGUGCCAGAAUCUAGUUCUCGGUCCAGGCUGGUACCAGCUCCAGCUCUGCUUGGUCCUGGAGGUGGCAGAGGUGCUGUAGGUCACACUGCAGAGCCAUCAUGUCAGGAGCAUUUCCGGGGUGUGUACAGGACAGUGGCUGUCCUGGGAUCUGUGCAGAGAAUCCCUCUCCUAGCCCAGUAGCUCUGCAGUCUGUUGAUAUAACCUAGCAAAUACUGUGGUGCGCGGAAAUUUGUUCUCCCUUAAGGCAGCUUUUCCUUUCUCCUCUGUCCCUCUUUUGGGUUCUUUUAUAAGGCAAAUCCAGAGGGCCCCUGGCAUUUCAAAGGACUGAGAUGUGCACUCUUUUACUCUUUCCACCUUUGCAACCUGCUCAGUGUUGUGCAAAGGAUGCAGUAUUACUUUCUGACACCAGAAACUGUGGUAGAAAAUGACCAGCUGUGUUGUUUUUAUUCCCAACCCCACCCAAAGAGUUUUUAGUCCUAGUGCUGGCAAUGGAAAGAGAUUGGUUGAAGGCUUGGCUGUUCCUGUGUCUUUUUUUGAAGAGAAAAGCUCCCCACAUCGUGUUUAGAGGACAGGACAUUACCAGGUACUGUCUGCAUCUCCACGUUCUCAAGCUAUAGAUGUGUGUUUCUGAUGGCCACUGCUCACAAAGUCAUUGGGAACCCAAACUUUGUUUUUAAGGAGAAUUGGCUGGUUUUCAAUCUAGCUCUGGUCAGUUUUCCAUCUGCUGUAGCAGAGGGCUGAGAUUUGAUCUUGUCAACUAAGAUUUCAAGGGAGAAAUCAACAGCCUCGAGUUAUAUUUCCUUUUUAUUUUGUUUUUCCCUUUUUUGUUUUGUUUUGUUUGUUUGGGAGUUUGUUUUGGUUUAGUUUGGGUUUUUUUUUGGGGGGGGGUUGUUUUGGGUUGGGUUUUUUUAAUUAUUAUUUUUUUUUUAGCAGUGACUAAAGUAAUUUAACAAAGAGAAAUAAAAUCAGAAAGUAGCCUCUUGACGUUGUGUACUCGGUAGUCCUGUCCCUGCCUGUAACAGAUUUCACUGAUGUAUUUUUUAAUACAGAAAAAAAACUUAUGUGAAAAGUAAACCUGCCCCUGGUUCUGUCUGAUCAAA